UGUGUUAUGUGUUUGCUAAGUUUGUUUUGUUCGUUGUCUGUGGUAAAGUAUUGGAAUUUGAGAGUUUGAGACUUCGAAAAUGUAAUUUUGCCUAUAUUUUUCUAAUUUGUUCCUGAUUUACUGAAUAAAUAUUGUAUAUAUUUGUGUAAUUAUAUUAACCUUAUUUGGAAUAAUCGCACAUUUAAAGUUAUUCAAGUUCAAGUUAGGUUAGCUUGGUUUGGAAAUUGAAGCUGUGAAUUGCACACGUCAAGUAAAAAUAAACAAAUAACGAGAAAAGACAGGUUAAGAACAUAUUUAUUAAUUUCGUUUUAAUAAUUUUGUGAAUUUUUCAAAAAGGCCAAGUAAAUAAUCACAAGAUUUUUUCUUGUUUACAAUUUAGCGUCAAUUGCGAUCCGUAAGUUAAAGUUGAGUGAGAGAGAAGAGUUUUUGAAGCACUAAAAUGAACGGUGAGAAGAGAAACUCCCGCGGGAGGGGUAGAGGUCGAGGACGGGGGAGGGGACGCGGUCGAGGGCGCGGGAGGGGCAAGAAGGUGGCCAAAGUGAUGUCUUCUGAUGAAGAAGAGUGCUCUGUUGAGGAGACUGUACAGGACCAGGAGGAAGCCAUGGUAGAGGAUGUUAAAGAGGAGCCACAGCACAAUGAACCUGUUAAAAUGGAAGUGCCGUCAGACAUAUCUCAGCUGGAAGCCCCAGUGUUCACGACCCUGCAGCGAGGUCCCCCCGAGCCUAUGCUGCGCCUGGACUGGAGCCACCGUGCCACCCUUAUUGGGGAGAAAGUGCUCAAUCCCAUGAUAUACUGCUGUGAUAUAUGUUCCAAACCUAUACUCAUUUAUGGAAGAAUGAUCCCAUGCAAACAUGUUUUUUGUUUGUCAUGUGCGAGAGCUGAUCAUACACAUUGCCCGCGCUGCAGAGAAAAGGUGUUGCGAGUAGAACAAACAGGUCUGGGAACUGUGUUCAUGUGCACACACUCGGGGACUCGGUAUGGCAACACUGGCUGUAGGAGAACUUAUUUGUCACAGAGAGACCUGCAGGCUCACAUAAACCACAGGCACGUCUCCUCGGGAGGAGGGGAGACCAAACAGGAGGCUGAACCUCCACCGCCUUCUGUUGCGAUUGUCAAACCACUUUCUGUGCCGAGCAGCGCGAACGACCCGCGCGCGCACGCGCACGGCGGCGAGCGGCGCGGGCGCACCAACCUCAUCACCGUGCCCAUACACGACCCGCCCGACGCGCACGCCUACUACUCCUACUACCCGCAAACCCCGCAGCCGGUGCCGCCGCCCGCGCUGCCGCCCGCGCCCAGCGUGCCGGUGCUGCCGCACGCGCUGAGCGUGCCGCCGCCGCCCUACUACGGCGCGGCGCCCUACGCCUCGCCCGCGUACGCGCCGCCGCCCGUGCCGCCGCUGCAGAGCGCCGUGCCCAUCGCCGCCGUGCCGCCGCUCGCGGACGGCGCGCGCUGGCCCGACGGGUACGCGCCGCCCGCGCCGGUGCAGCCGUGGCCGCACACGCAGCACCACUACUACAGGUAGCCCCCGUACCGACACGAGUCGGACCACUACCAGUACAGCGAUUAUGGAGCUGAGUGAAUUAGUGCUUACAAACUCACACGUACUAACUGCAGAUAAAAUAUACACUCUAUGAAGUAUGUUAAGUGUUAUUAUAAGUAUUUUUAGUUUAAAUAAUGAACUGUUGUAAUCACUUGUAUUGGUCGAGUGGACCGUGAUGGAUCAUUGUGAAAUUGGAUCAAUAUUACAUAUAUAUAAAUUAUUUUUAAUUUAAAUUCUGUGUAUUGUCUAUGAAUGUAUAGUAUAAACGAAUAAUCUGACUGAUGUAUGUACAUAAAUCGCCAUUAUAUGGCUAUUUUUAUGAAAUGCUCAUAAAAUUAGGUACUUGUGAAUGUGACAACCAGCAAAAACACAUUUAAGAUAAUCGUUUAUCAAACAGUGUUUUUUAUUAUUGAGUUAAUUGGUUAUUUUUCAUGUUAUUUAAUUAUUAAAUUACGCAAAAAUUAAUAAACCAAACUCGAAUUUUAUUGUUUAAUCGAAGUUUCAGUCAAUUUAAUUUAAAUGCUAUUUUUGAAACAUUAAAUAUUAUUUAUCACUAGAAAUGUCCAUCUUAACCGUUAUAACGAUUUUUACAAAUGAUGUAAUUGAAAUUAUCUAUAAAAUAAGAAAGAAUAAAUAGAGGAUUUGUUAAUUUAAAUAUAAUAUUUGUUUUACCUACAAAAA